UCCAUCUUAUGAUGCCGCCAAAACCGCCAUUAAACAACCUCAAGCCGCGGCCAGCACAUAGAACAAGUCCUCCUUGUUGUUUACACCCACCAUGUGGCACGCCUCCACGCCGCGCCGGCCAAACCAUCGUUCAAUAUAAGACCCCUGCACUCGUCUCACUCCCUUUGAUGGCUUCUUCCCCCACCCCGAGCUCAGCCAGCAACUCGCCAUUGAUGCAGUAGCUAGUCCUGUGUAUUACAGCGGCAGCAAGAGCAGGUAGCAGAAAGAGAGAGUCAGAGAUGGAUCGGCUGGUGAUACCGGAGCCGUCGAACGAGGUGGUGGUGCGGGUGGAGCCCGGCAGGCCGGCGAGGGGGGAGCUGACGCUGCGCAACGCGAUGCACACCAUGCCCGUCGCCUUCAGGCUGCAGCCGGCCUUGAGGGGCCGCUUCGCCGUGCGCCCGCACACCGGGAUCCUUGCGCCUCUCGCCUCGGUCACCGUGGAGGUGCUCUACCUGUCCUCGGUGGCGCCAGACGGUCCUGGGGGAGGCGGCGGCCGCGGGGAGGACGCGUUCCUGCUGCACAGCGUGGUGGCGCCCGGCGCCUCGGUCAGGGAGCCCGUGUCGGCGCUGGACUCCGUGAACCCGGAGUGGUUCUCCGCCAGGAAGAAGCAGGUGUUCGUGGACAGCGGCAUCAGGGCGUCCUUCGUGGGUGCCGUCGUGGCUGCGCGGCUGGUCGUGGCAGGCGCCGUGGAGGCGCUCAGGGAGGUGCUCGACCGCAGCGACCCCGAGUGGCGAGCCGCGGACGCCGCCGACGAGUCCGGGAACACGCUUCUUGACCUUGCCGUCGGCCUCGGACGCGCGGAUAUCGUGCAGGUGCUCCUCGAGUAUGGCGCCGACGCCGACAAGCCCAGCCGCGGCCGGACUCCCCUCGAGAUAGCAGCCGCGUCUGGCGAGUGUCUUAUCGCGGAGCUCCUCGUCGCCAACGGCGCCACGCCCGCCGGCUCCGACGCGCUCCAUGUCGCCGCCGCCGCAGGGCACAACGAUGUCCUGAAGCUGCUUCUUGGGAAGCCCGCGUCUGCUUCGCCCCGCUCAUCCGCCUCCUCUGCUUCCUUCUCCGGCUCUUUCACAUCCAUCGACGCGGCGGGGAGGGACGGCAAGAAUCCUCUGCGGCUGGCAGCUGAGGGCGGACGCCGCGACGCGGUGAAGACGCUCCUCGCGGCGGGCGCGAGGGCCGACGCGAGGUGCGGCACGGACGGCGGCACGGCGCUCCACGCCGCGGCGAGGCGGGGCGACGAGGCCGUCGCGCGGCUCAUCCUGGCGCACGGCGCGGCCGGCACGGCCUCGGUGCGCGACGCCAAGGGGAAGACCGCCUACGAGGCCGCCGCCGAGGAGGGCCACAACGGGCGGAUCAUGGACUUCUUGGGCCUGGGCGAGGCGAUCCUGGCCGCCGCUCGAAAAGGUGAGGCCCGGGCCGUCCGCCGCGCCGCUGACGGGGGCGCGUCCGUGGAAGGGCGUGACGCGCACGGGUGGACGCCGCUGAUGCGCGCCGCGUUCAAAGGGCGGGCAGACACGGUGCGCGACCUCAUCGAGCGCGGCGCCGACGUCGAGGCAUCCGACGCCGAGGGAUACACGGCGCUGCACUGCGCUGCCGAGGCAGGGCGCGCGGACGUGGUGGACAUCCUCCUGAAGAGCGGGGCGAACGCCAGGGUCGCGACGGCGAAAGGGAGAACGGCGGCGGCCUCCGCGGCGGUGGCAGGCAAGUCUAAGGUGGUGCGGCUUCUCGAGAAGGCCGGCGGUGUCGGGCGGAAGGGUGCCGGCGAGAAGGUGGUGGCGAAGGGCGGGAGCAUGGACAGGAAGCGGAGGGUGAGGAAGGGGAGCAGUGGCGCCAUACGGUUCGGUGGCGGGAAGGAAGGGUACGAAGCUGCCACGGUUACCGUGGGGUGGUCGCACUAGCGUUCAACCUCGAGUUGUUGAUACUCCGAAGAGCAUUUGGGGUUUUGGUUGAAAUGGUCAGCCUUUUCAUUGGAAUUUUGUGAUUAGUUUCGGCUGAGGUGGUUAUUUUUAAUUUGUUUUGAAGAAAGUGUAACAUAUGUUUUACGGUGGUGAUGUAGUGUAAUGUAUACACUUUGUAAAAAAAAUGGAUCCCUCGGAUUGUGCAAA